UUUUCAUCAGGAGUAGGCUACACACAGCACAUUAGGCCUACCUAUUUAAUCUUAAGAUAUUGCGUCAUAUUAUUGAUAGACUUUUAUUUAAUAGAUAUCUUGAAGAGAAAUCCGCAAAUACAAGUAUUUACAAUUAAAAGUUUGAAUUGUUGAUAAAUUUAAAGAUAUUGUAUGUUGGUAAAUUUUUAAAAAGGAGACAAUUCAGUGAUAUAUAUAUAUGUGUGUGUCUAUAUAUUUCAAGAAUCUCGUAGACAUCUAAACAAUGAAAUUAAAUAGGUAAAACAAGGAGAAGAAGAGAAAAAAGCUCUGAGAGUGGUAAUAUCUUGCGCUUCGUGUAAACCAGCCGAAUCGACAGUCUACAACUUGCUGAAAGGCAGAGCUUUUGGAACCGACCAACCCAUAGAGCUGAUUUUGUUCGACUUCAAAGGCAUUCAUCACGACAUUGUUAUUGCAUUGGCCUCACAAGUUGUAACAGCUGGAUUUACACUUCUUAAAGAUGUAAUUCCAACAGAUGACCCGGAAAAAGCUUUCAAGGAUGUGGAUGUUGCAAUACUGCUAACACCAGAACAUUCUAGAUGGACUGAAGUAACUUCACUGAAUUUCAACUUUCAUCUCUACAAAAAUUUGGCUCAAAAAAUCAACACUUAUUCAAAAGAUGCAAGAAUUGUUAUAGUGGGAGCGAUGGCACCUAUUGAUGCAAUGGUAUUUGCUGACGUUGCUAAAUCUGUUCCCAAAGAAAAUAUCACUGGACUAUCCCAACAAAUGGCUGUACGAGCUUACAACGCGAUUUCUGAUCAUUUGAAGGACCUGCAACUGACAAACGGUAAUUCAAGAGACUACUUCAUUGGCAAUGCAAUUUGCAGUCAUUUGAGAAACUGGUGGAGGGGGACUACAAGCCCAGUCAGCAUGAUUGUAGAGUCAAGCGGCCAGUAUGGAAUCAGCAAGGGACUCUUCUCUUCCUUUCCAGUCACUAUUGACCGCCACAAGAAGUGGACAAUUGUGGAGAAUCUGGAGUUGGACACAGCAACAUUCUAUGCAAUAGAUGAACAUGUGAAGUAUUUAAUUGACAUGAGGGAUCAAAUGAAAGUAUUCUUGAUGAAAGAAAAGCUCGAUAAAUCAAGAGUUAACUCAUACAUUUCCAGCAAUAAAUCAUUAUCAAUAUAA